CACUCCGUUAUUAAUGUGAAAUUGAGUGGGAAUAAACAAGGGGUUUUGUUCAGAAAUGUGAAUGUAUUUCAAUUUAGCGUAGCAAUCUCCUAUCGUCUCAAGUUGCCUCAUUCACAAUCUGUCCAUUUCUACAUUUUGGACAGAUCCAUUUCUGUGCCACAUCAUCACACUGCACAGAAACUCCACAUACACACUUCUGUGCAAUCUCGCUAUCCGCACAGAAACUCCAUUCAUACACACUUCUGUGCAGUCUCGCUAUCCGCACAGAAACUCUGCCGUUCAGUUUUUACCAUCACAAACCAUCCACAAAUUUCGAAACACUAACUUUCACACACUUGCUCGUUGGGAGCCAACAUCCCCAACAGGUUUGUUAAUUGUAAAAAGUGUGUCGUUGCGUCAAACUCAUUUUUAGUUAUCAAAGGAGUUGUCAAAUGCUCGUUGAGUUAUUUUUAUCAUCAUAGUACAUAAUACUAAAAGCAGAAAGAACCUGGGAGUGCGUUGGAUACGCAGAAAAGUGUCGUAAUUAGGGUCGGGAAGGCAUAAUUCGUCACAAAAUACACAUGUACGAAAUAUAUUUUUGAAAAAUAUGUAAAAGAUUUUUCAAAUAAUAGCGAAAAUACUUGUCUAAAAACCUAGAAAGACAUGUAAAAAUAUAUUGAAAUUUUUGUGAUCUAUAAGAGUCAGAAAACACACCCACAAAGUUUAGCCGUCGGCCGCCAUCAAAAGACAAAGUCGAAAAUAAAUAUAUACAUAUCCGCGCUCUGAAAAUAAAUGACAAAGCAAAUACAAAAAUAAUCAUGUCAACUCAACUUCCAUUUUGUUUGACCGUGACUUUGUAGUUCUUCAAAACCCUUCCUGUUUUCCGAACUGUGUGCAGCUGCGUGGGUGGAGACUGAGCCAACGGGAUAAUGGGAGCACGUCAUUAGUUCAGUAAAGAUGACGAGAUGUGCCGAUUUUUACUUUACCUCAUGGCAAGCAGUUGCCGCGGAAGCUGUGGGGACAUCUGGGGGACACAUUUCACAUUGUAGAUUAAGGAAGGAAAGGGUUUAUAUGGGCAGAUGAUAUGGAGACAUCGAAUAACCGUGGGAACAUGGUCCCCCUGUCCCCACUCUUCCGCGGCCACUGACGUUAAAAGUAAUGACGAGGGAAUUUGGGGGGGCAUAUGGGGACAUUAGCAUUAUGAGAUAGGAGGGGAAGGGGCUUAUUAAUAAUAGGAUUUUCAAAAUUUCUGGGACAUUGUCCCCAGAAAUUCAGAAGUCUGUCCCCAUACGUCCGCGGCCACUGACGUUAAGAGAUACAUUCACGACUAAAAUCCCCACAGGGGACAUCUGGGGACAUUAACAUUGUAGGAUAGGGGUUUAUACAACAUGGGCGGAUGAUAUCCAUCGAAUAACGGUACGAACAUUGUCCCUCUGUCCCCCCCGCUUCCGCGGUCACUGCCGUUAAGAAAUACACUAAAAUCCCCACCACCAUAAAAUACAGUAUGUACAUACACUAAUCUAACCCUGGCGUAAACGGAUGGAUGAGAUAUUUCCCAAUAUUAUUUUUUGAAUGUGUGCCAAUUUUAAAAAUAACUGCUGCUCUCUCCGCCGACUCGUUAUCCUACUCAUCUCAUCUCCGAUAAGGUGGGUUGUUCUCAUGCAAAGGUAUGCAUGCAAAAAGUAGGGAACGAACCAAAGAACAACUUUUUAACCGAAUUCUUCCCAGUCGGGUUUCAUUCUUCGGGACGAACUCACUCUGAUUCUCGUUCUUCUUGAGUGUUUCAAAUUUUCAAAAAAAUAAAAUCGUGUCCAAAGUUUUUUCAUCAUGGUUUACGAAUCGAGAAGAGUUUACUCCACGUCGUCCCGGCCGAUCGUGUCGACCUCGUAUUCAUACUCGGGUCGAAAACCACAUCGUGCCGUCCUUGCGAUGCCCAUGUCACGGAUGGUGCAUCACCGGCUGACCCCCGUCUCCGCGCCGCCACGCCGCCACCGGGUCAGCCACAAUGUCUACGACGCCCUGGAAUGGGGCAGGACGGGAAAUGCCUUCGUCCUGGUGAACUAUCGACCCACCCCGGCACCAAUUCCGGUCCCGAGAAGUAGAAUUACGUACAUUGAGGAUUUAACGAAUCGGUCCGGAAUCGAGGAAAUUGAACGCGAAACUCACUCCGUGCAACGGGACAUGGACAACAUGUUGUACAGGGUGUCAGCCGGACUGCAAUUUAGUCCAUCCUCUCUCUACAAUAUUAACCACAUCCCGAUGAGGAGUGCGAGUGAGGUCAAGGAUGUGGCGGAUAUGAGACGGUUGUAUGUACGAGAUCGAAAUCCGACCCUGGCCUGGGAACCGUUCAACAAGGCGACGCUUUACAGGAUGCCGGUCAUCCACAGGGCCGACCCCGCGUGCGGAUUCGAGUCCAAAUAUUACUACAUUGGGCGUCAGAACUUGGCAUGCUUAUCUUUUGCGGGUGGACGACCAAUCCCGAAACGACGACGAUUCUACCCCGGUUAUGACGAAGACGAGCGAUCCUCCUCCGUCCGUGACGAAGUUACGUACAGAUCCUACUAUUCCAAGCAGAGAAAUGCGGCCAAUAUUGCCUCAAUUGCGAAUUCGGCGAAGCGGGCAAUUCUUUACCAACCUCUCCACUACAGCAAGAAAACACUUUUUGGCGAUAAUGGGAUCAAACGAGAAGUUCGGGAAUCGAAAUGGGUCCAAAAAGCCAUGGCUAACGAGAAGGAGCCUCCCAUCCGAAAAACCGCUCCUGCCCCGUCGCCCCUCGCGGCCACACCGAUUAAAGAAGUGCGACGAGAAUCGUUGACCAAAGAACCAAAAAUGGAACCCCCACCACCCGCGAGACCCAUCAACGUCACGCUACCCGGACCCCGGAAAUCCAUCACGGAACUUGCAAAGGAAGAUCUUCCCCCCGUGGAAAACUUGCCCGAGGAAACGGUCAGUUUGAGGAGACCGGCCAAACUGGAAACCGUUCCGGGUAGUCCACAACCUCCCGUGGAAGAAUUCAAGGCGGAAGAAACCGUCAAACUGCCCAGUAAGAAGAAGACUAGCGUUAAGGAGGCGACCCCACCUCCACCGCCGAAAGAACCGACCCCACCACCGCCAAAGGAGCCGACCCCACCGCCACCGAAAGAGUCGACACCACCACCACCGCCAAGGGAGCCCACCCCGCCUCCGCCUAAGGAGCCAACCCCACCACCGCCAAAGGAGCCAACUCCACCCCCACCGGAACCGGAAGUAGUCGCUGCUCCCGAAGUUGAGGAAGUUGCCGUGGCCGCGCCUCCUUCGCCAAGCCCGGUUCCGCCCGCCGAGGAGGAAGAAAAAUCCGUCUCCGCGGCGGCCGAGGCGUCCGACAUUGGGUGUGACGACAAGGGCGACGCGGAAGUCGCGGAUAUUCCGAUGGACGAAGAAGUUGACGAAAUAUCGUGCGAGGCUCAAAAUGAGAUGGAGGAAGAGGAAGCACCUGCUCCAGCGGUGCAAAAUGGUCCAGAAGAAGAAGAGGUGGAGGCUGUCGUGGAGGAGGAAAUCGUGGCAGAAUCCGCACCGGAAACGGAAGUCGCCAUCCCCCCAGAAGAAGAAGAACCCGACCCGGAAGAGGAACCUGCCCCAGAGGAAGAGGAACCCGCUCAGGAACAAGUAGAAGACGAAAUUAUAGUUGAUGACGAACAAGUAGAAGAAAUCGUAGAAAAAUCUGCCACAAUUGAAGACGCCGAGGCGCCUGCAGGGGUCAGCAUUCUCGUCGCCGAUGUCGACGGACCACUCGAAAUUAAUGACGAUGGCCAACAAGCCAUGACCGUGGAAGAAAUCCAGGCCAGUGCUGAACGACGACGAGCCGAAUUCGCAAGACUGUUAGAAGAGCAUCACGACCUCGUGGAGAAAGUUGAACUACUCGAAACUCCAAAAAAAUGGACUGAAAAUUUGACUCAAAAUAAUACCGAGGACCACGAAAAUUUUACAAGAUUUGAACAGAAUCAUGACCAAACAGGAGCUGAAUUAAACGGCGAAAUUUGAAUUUCCAAAUAAAUUCCUCAUUCAGCAAAAUUCACUCGGAUAUUUGUAACCAAGUAAAAAAUUAUUUUUUAUAAAAUUAUCAAAAACUUGGACAUUUGGAUAAUUUUAACGACAGAUUAAAAAUUAUGUUUAAGUUGAAAGUGGAACAUAAAUAUUUAGAUUGAAGGGGGUAACGUCCUUAAUCAGUUUACAAAAUAAUCCUACAAAAUUUCGCAAAUUUAUAAUUUUAAAAAAUUUCACAAAUUUACAAUUCUAAAAAAAUUUCUGCCCAACCAAAUUUGUCACAGACUAAACUGUCCCAACUAAAUUGACUCAAAAACCUAAAAAAAAUGUCCAAAAAUCAUGUUCAAAUCUUUCCCCACGGUUGUUGUCGUACUCAAAUAUUCAUUCAAACAUUCUUGUGUUUGUUGUAACAUUUUUCUUUCCUUGUUCAUGUUUAAUGUGUUCUUAAUUAAGGAUAAGCACUUAUCACCACAAACUCUUUAUUUUCACGUAUGUAUCUUGUUCUCCAUUUUACGUUACGUUACACUCAUUUUUUGUUAAGCUGUCACUUUUUUUCGUUCUGCGGUUUUUUUCUGACAGUUUUUUUCUGUUUUAUUUUAUUCAGGAGAAAGUCCGCACAUGGAACAAAAUGACAAAAGUACAUAAUUCUAGAGCUAAUUGAUAAUUAUAUUAUUAUGAAUCUGGUUUGAGUGAGAGUUUACACGGUAAAUAAUGUGGUGACAAAAUUGUGACAGAAUUGGUAAUGAUUUACUACCGAAGUUUGACGAAUCUUAUAACACGCCAGGAUAAAUUUUGGACUAAUUUCUGAAAUUUAUUUGCCACUGCCAAGUUGUAGAAUUUGAAAGUUGUCUCUGUUCGGUAACAAAUCGUAGCUAAAUAUAGUAAUGAGAAUUUUACUAAUAUUAGAAUAAUAUUAGCAAAUUGGCAAAUUAUUAGCAAAUUGUUGAAAAUUUAUUACCACAUUAUUUACUUGUAAAAGUACGUAUGCAAUGAAUCACUUUGAAUCAUAUUUAAGUUUCCAGUUGCGUUUUGCUGAAACAAAAAUCUGUGUUACGAGCUUUUUAAAGAAAAUUGUGUAAAUGUCAGUAUAACAGGAAACAUAGGAAGAUAUGUAAAACUUGCUAAGACUAUCAGACAUUACGUUAUAAGGACGACUAUACAUACAUUAUCUAAGUAUGCAAAUAAAUAAAUUGUAAAGUUUAAAAAGUAAAUAAUUAUCAAAUAAAAAAAUUAUGUGCAAGAAAUUUUUAAAUUUA